UGGCUGAGGAUAGUUGCUCGACGCUCUAGAACUUCUUAUUAUAGAUAUGUGGAGUGCAUCGAGUCAAUCAUACUAGUGUUCCUUACAAAAUCUUGGACUCGGGCGCCUUGAGACAUGAGCAGACUGAUGCCAGACGCUGAUGCCACAGUUUGUUUUUGAGGAUCAUGGAAUUUCCUUAUCAUUGCUGCCCUUGUUCAGUUUCUUUUAAGGCAGGAGGGCAGUUGCUGUUCAGUCCGAUCUUCACAAAUUUUAAGUCAACGCGGUGGAAACAACAAAAUUAUUAUAAUUCCAAGCAAGUAAGAGUAAAAUGUGAGGGGAGCGUUGAAGUUGCAGGGAAUUCCAUAGUAGUGAAGGAGAAGAAAGAGGAUGCUAUGCUAGUAGCUCUCAAGGAACGAAGAACAGAGGAUGCCUGGAAGAUACUGGAACAAUUGGGUGAGCUCCCCAGCAGCAAAUGUCUGAGCCGUCUGGUUGCACAACUCUCAUAUCAAGGGUCGGCCUUCGCAUUCCGCAGGGCACAGACAGUGGUUAAGCGACUCCAAAAUGAGGAGAAGCUCCACCUCCUGGAUUGCAAUUCACUUGGGCUGCUAGCCAUGGCUGCCGCCAAGUCUGGAGUUCCCCAAUACGGAGCAACCGUCAUCAGACUAAUGCUGAAAUCGGGUCUCCUUCCCCAUGUUAAGGCGUGGAGUGCUGUCAUAAGCCGAUUAGGUAAGUGCCCACAUGACUUUGAAUCUGCAAUUGAUCUUUUUUAUGAAAUUUGCAAACGGAUUAGGGAAACAAAUGGGGUGUUCAAUGAUGAGGUUCCGGUUAAUGUUAGGCCUGAUACAGGAGCUUUUAAUGCCAUUCUCAAUGCCUGUGCAACUGGUGGUAAUAUGGAGAGGGCACAUAUGUUGAUUGGGGAAAUGGGUUUGUUUGGUAUGAAGCCUGAUGUUCUCACUUACAAUAUCAUGAUUAAAAUGUAUGCAAGAGCUGAGAGGAAGGAUUUGUUGGUUGGCGUUAUGGAGAAGAUUUUGAGGGAAAAUAUAGAACCCUGUAGUACUACCUUUCAUUCUCUGGUGGCAGCAUACGUGGGGUUUGGGGACUUGGAAAUGGCUGAAAGGCUGGUUCAGGCUAUGAGAGAAGGCAGAAGAGAUAUAUGCAGCGUUAUGAGGGAACCUAAUGUGAAAAUUGGGCGUUCCGGAUCCCUGGAAAUGGGAACAGAGAAAGAGCUCGAUGUUGAUUGCCAUGAGGAUGCCUCUGAUGCAAAUUUAUUGUUACCGAGGAGUUACAAACCGGAUGCAGAGAUAUACACUAUUUUGAUGAAAGGUUAUAUGCAAUGGGGAAGAUUGGAGGAUGUUGUGCAGAUGCUGAGGGCAAUGCAGACUGAAGAUGACUCGCAGAGUCACCCUGAUGAAGUAACCUACACAACUGCCAUUUCUGCUUUUGUAAGGAUGGGUUUAAUGGAUGAAGCCCGAAAAGUCCUUCAAGAGAUGGCGUCCGAUAAAGUCCCUGCAAAUAUUAUUACUUAUAACGUUCUGCUCAAUGGUUAUUGUAAAUUGCUUGAUAUACAGAAAGCUGAAAUUUUGUUGCAGGACAUGAAGGAAGCAGGGAUUGCACCAGACGUUGUGACUUACAAUACUCUGAUAAAUGGGUGCAUUCGGAUCGAUGAUAAUGUGGGUGCUCUUUCAUAUUUCAAUCAAAUGAGGGAGGCUGGGAUACCUCCAUCAAAUAUCAGCUAUACUACUUUGGUGAAGGCUUUUGCCAUGAAUGGGCAGCCAAAGUUUGCAGCCAAAGUGUUUGACGAAAUGCAGAAGAACCCUAGAGUAAAAUUAGAUAUAGUUGCAUGGAAUAUGUUGAUAGAAAGUUACUGUAGGGCGGGGUGGAUAGAAGAUGCCAAAAAGGCUUUCGUCCAAAUGAAAGAGCAUAAAUUGCACCCCAAUGUGGCCACAUAUGGAAGUCUGAUUAAUGGUUUCGCAAAAGCGGGAAAGCCGGGUGAGGCUUUAGUGCUCUGGAGAGAGAUAAAGGAGAGGACAAUGUCAAAAGGUGGGGAGGGUGGAAUUAAACCACUCGAACCUGAUGUACUUCUUCUCGAUUCACUUGUUGACAUUUGUGUCAGAGCGGCAUUUUUCAAAAGAGCUUUGGAGGUAAUAGCUUGCAUGGAGUAUCUGAGAAUUCCAGCCAACAAAACCAAAUAUAAGCGCAUGUUUGUUGAGCUGCACUCAAGGCUAUAUACCAGCAAACAUGCAUCUCAAGCUCGGCAAGCUCGAAGAGCUGAACAAAAACGAGCACUAGAAGCUUUCAAGUUUUGGGUGGGUCUUCCUAACAACUAUUAUGAAAGUGAAUGGAAGACGGAGAGUGAUGGAUGAAAAUAGUACCUCCGAAAGCUCUUAGAAUGUCCAUUGUUCAUUAACAGAUAUCCUUGAUUUAAAUGACAAAUUCUAGUAUUUUCAUCCAAGGGGAGGAUAGAGAACAGAUAAUAUUUGUGGUUCAUAAUAUAUAUAUGUAGACGUGGAUGUAUGUCUGAUCCAAAAUAUGAAGCUUUAGCGUCUCUUGAUGUUAAUGAUUGCUACCUGUCUUAGUAUAUACUCUUUAAUUGUCUAAAAACUUUCCAAGUCCAAUUCAUUAUAUUCUAUCUUUCGUCGAGUCUAUAAUUUCCACGAUAGGAGGAAGUUUGAGUUUCUUUUCAAUGGUUUUGUCUUGAAGAUGUCUUGAUGGGAAGCAAAAAGUCAUAUUCCUUUACAGAACUCUCAGGAAGUUAUAUGGUUCCAGACAUCAAUUUAAGCACUGCAGGGCGACAUUAAGCUUUCUCUGACAAACAAUGGAUGGAAUGAUUCAAAUAUGGGUUUAGGAUUUGAACUGCUGACUACAGGAGGUAAUCAGGCUCUGUUAGUCAGUCCACACCUUUAAUAGAGGGAAUCAUUCUCCUGGUCGCCUGCCAGACUUCAGGAGAACCAAAGAAAACUUCAUUCCUUCCAUGUUCUUUAGAUUGGGGCUGCAUUGCUGUGAGCUACAAAAUAUACUGACCAUUCAAGUCCCAAACAAGCUUGAUGAUUGCUCGUUUACAUUAUUUUUCCCUCUCUAAAUAUCAGUAAUAUUAUUAUCUGUUAAGAAUAUGCAUACAAAAUGUUUUUAAAGAAUUGGCAUCCCUAAGAUUGUUGUAGCUGAAUCCAAAAGAGUUUGUCAUAGAGCAAUAAAGGAUGAAGAAACGUUACAAAAUCCUCCAGAACUGGCAUGAGCUGCAAACAGAUUUUUAUUAAUUGUAUGACAGAGUUUGAGAAGACUUACUGAUUGGUGUUUAUUCAAUCAUAAUGAAAUUCUUUGUAUCGGAUCAGGUGUAAACAUAAACUGAAAAGAAGUUCAAGAAAAAUCAUCAGUAUGCUAGAUACACUUUUGAAGAUUUCUUGUUUUCAGAGACUUUAGGGUUUGAAUGUGUUCAUUGGAACAGUUUUCUAGAAGAUCAAGGAAGAUUGACAAGGGUAGCAUUACCUGAUCAUUGGACAAAAGAGCAUGGGAAAUACAUGAAUCUACUAAUCAGUUAAUUUUUGAAGAAUUUUAGAGAGAUCCACGGCAGUCAAGUUCAAUGUAUUUUGAGAUCAUUGCAUAAUUAUUGAGCUAUUAUGAUCAUUGCUAUCUGAAUGACAUUCUAGUUCUUCUUGUGUUUUUAUGCUCUUGGCAAGCACUUCAAUCCCUUGUAAGUACUGAAAAAGAAAUAAGCACUUGUACAAUUCUCUGAUAAA